UCCUAACUUUCACAUCAUCGAAUAGUGUCAAAGCAAUCAGAGCAUAGACGAUGUACAAUUUCUGAAAACUUUGUCACCUCAGUUCGUAUUGAAACUUGAUCGGUGAUACUUUAUCUAUUGCAAUCAUUUACAGAAACUUUCAAUUUAAUCCGCUAUGUUUAAAUUUAUUCAUUUAUAUUUUUUUAUAAUCCUUCCGGUUAUUAUAGGUGCCACAAAAAAGGAACAUAAAAUUUUUUCAGAUAUAAUUGAAAGAUUAAGAAAAAAGUCAACUGAUGAAGAACACGGAGGAAUUAUUGCUAUGAAAAAACAACUGUUUCAAGAUAUUUUUACAGAACACCAGAAAGAUGACAAAUUGCAAUUUGGCUAUGUUUGCGAAAACCCAGUUCAAUGGGAACAAAGAUUCGAAGAAAAAGAUCUUCCGAAUAAUCGACAUCGUGGAAAGGUCAAGUGGGCGAAUAUAGAUGGCAGCUAUGGUGAGCACUACUGGGACUUAAAUCAUAAGUAAUCUUUAUACAGAGAGUGACGAAAUGUAUAAACUAAUCAUCAUUACAGUUCUGUAAAUCCAUUCUAUAAAUGUUAAUUGGGAUAUAACUUAUGUAUAUUUACAAUCAUGUAUGUUACAAAAUAAGCAUCAUAUUUACUUCUCCA